GGCGAGUGUACCACACUGCAUUUUUUGUUUUCUUUUCUUUUUUCCUACCUUGUGUGUGAAAAAAAAAAAAAAACCAUUAUAUAGAUUAUGCCUACACCCUUUUUACCCUCAAGGACAUUUCAGGCCUAUCAACUCUUUGCAGCCAAUACCAAUGUAGGCAAGACCGUGUUUGCCACGGGUCUAUGUCGUGCAGCCGCUGCCUCUCAACAAUUGAAAAAUACAGCCGCCCACAAGCUACGUGAUGUGUAUUAUCUCAAACCUGUGCAAACAGGCUAUCCAAAAGAUAGCGAUGAAAGGUAGAGUAAAGAGACUUUGAUACACACUUACUUUAAGGGGCACGGAUGAAAAUUGAUGCAUGCAUGCCUAUAAAAGACAUGUCAAGACGUAUAAUCCAUCCAAGUUAGUCAAAACAAAGACACUCUACACCUAUCCUGAUCCUGUCAGUCCUCAUAUUGCUACUGAUCAGCCGCCUGCCGAUGCAGAGGUCCUUCGACACGUCAAGCUUCAAAUGCUUCAAGAUGUAAAAUCGCAAACCAAUCCAACCUUUGGCAGUUAUUACUUUUUAGAAACCGCUGGAGGAAUUCACAGUCCGGUCAUGUCGGGUACACCUCAAGUCGAUUUUUAUCGAUCACUGCGACUCCCCACUUUAUUGAUCGGUGAUAGUCACUUGGGCGGUAUUUCAACCACCUUGACUUCUCUUGAAUCACUCCAUUUACGCGGCUAUGACGUUCCGGCCGUUUUAUUAUUCGAGCAACCCCACUACAGAAAUCACGUCUUGAUUGGGGAGAGAUAUCGCAAAAUGACCUCGGACGGGGGGAGAGGUGAAGGCUUGGUCGUGACCGUACCUCCGCCGCCUCCCGUGAACGAAGCGGACCCAGUGCGUGAUCAAGCGUCCAUGAAGGCCUAUUAUCAGCAGCUGGACGAACAUCUCGUCCCCGUCAUUCAGCACCUCGAUGCCUAUCACGAACAACGUUUCGAGCGUUUGGAGACCAUGGCCGAAAAAUCGCGAUCCAUUUUCUGGUGGCCUUUUACACAGCAUCAGACCGUCAAGGACGUGACGGUCAUUGACUCGGCGCAUCAAGACCAUUUCACCACCUACGACGGGGGACAGCCCAAGGAAAUGUUUGAUGCCUGUGCCAGUUGGUGGACACAAGGGCUGGGUCAUGCCAACCCCGAUCUGACCCUCUCCGCGGCGCAUGCGGCAGGUCGUUACGGUCAUGUUAUUUUCCCUGAAUCCACCCAUGAGCCUGCGCUUCGUCUCGCCGAAAAGGUGCUGCACAAAGACACCUGGGCCUCUCGUGUCUUUUUUUCAGACAAUGGCUCGACCGCCAUGGAGGUCGCUAUGAAGAUGGCCUUCACCGCGCGUCUCGGGAGUCCGAUGCAAGACAGUCAUAACACACAAGGCAAGACGGCAGAGAUUCUGGGGAUCGAAGGCAGCUAUCAUGGCGAUACCAUCGGCGCCAUGGACGCGUGUGCCCCCAACGUCUACAACGAUCAAGUGCAUUGGUACAAACCGCGGGGUCACUGGUUGAAGCCUCCCACGGUCCAUAUUUCCAAAGGAAAGCCCUUGAUUCGCAUCCCCAGCGCCAUCCUCGCAGCAGAAGGAAAAGAAACACAACACGCAGACGCCUCACCUACAGUCAAGUAUUAUGACACGUUGGAUGCUAUCUAUUCUGUGGAUAAAGUAGGCGUCGACAGAGACGCUGCUUUGGCCACCACCUAUCGCACCUAUAUUCUCCAAGAGCUCGCCAUGCUGAAGCAACAAGAGCGUUCCAUCGGUGCAUUACUCAUGGAGCCCGUGCUCAUGGGAGCGGGCGGAAUGAUGUUUGUCGACCCUUUGUUUCAACGGGUCUUGAUCGAUACCGUCAGAGAAGAAAAAGACCUUUUCUAUGAGGACCCACAACGCUCUGCCCCUCCUUCUUCUGCAAUGAAAGGAUUGCCGGUUAUUUUUGAUGAAGUCUUCAGUGGUUGGUAUAGGUUAGGUAGACGAUCCGCCUCUGAAUUCUUGGGUGUGAAACCCGAUAUUACAGCUUAUGCCAAAACGUUAACAGGUGGAUUAUUACCACUCGCUCUCACCGUCACCAAAGAAUCGAUGUAUCGCCACUUCUUGAGCAACGAGAAACCCGAUUGUUUAUUGCAUGGUCACUCUUACACCGCCCAUCCCAUGGGUUGUGCUGUAGCCAGCACCUCGAUUGACACCCUCGACCGUUUAGCUUCACCCAACAAUGCUUGGACACCGUUCCGUCAGCAAUGGACACCCUCACCGCAGAACAAGACAGAGAACGAGCGUCCUGUGUGGUCCAUGUGGCGUCCAGAGACAGUGAAUGAGCUAUCUCAUCUCGAUCAAGUAGAGAGUGUCAUGACCUUGGGGUCUGUGUUGGCGGUGGAACUCAAAGAUCUUCAAUCCAAAGGCUAUGGCUCGUCGGUAUCCGCGUCCAUCAUUCAAAAAUUACGCUCGGCUCAUUACAAAAAUGGUUUGGAUGGUACGCCAGAAACUGGCAUCCACUUGUUUGCUCGACCUUUGGGUAACGUCAUCUACUUGAUGGCCUCACAGAUAACAACACCAGAGAGAAUUCAGCAAUGUGAAAUGGCUUUGCUAGAGACAUUAAAACAAACUUCUUUAUAGAAUCUGUGUAGUUUGAUAUACCUUUAUUUUUCCUAUUUAGAAAAAAAGCGAGAUAUUUUCUCCGUCAACGGACUCUCCACGCACUACUACUACUCACUGUUCUCUAGAGUAAACUUUAAAAUAAAGUAUCGCCGCCCCUUACUCUAUCCAACAUGGAUAGGGUUAGCCAUGCUUUAGUAGGCUCUUUUUCACAAUUAAACUUUUUUCAAUAAAAAGCUGAUGAACGAAUGAUGUAAGCGGUAAGAAUAGGUUUGAUUUUUACUUGGAGUAGGUUUAAUUUUUCCUUUAAAGACAUGGUGAGCGCCAGUUAUUCAAGUUUUGAGUUCAUGUCACCCAUUGACAUGUCCUCGGAAAAGCAACUCUAUUGACAACAGAUUCUGUCGGUACAGAAACCAUUGAAAUGCAUUAAAUUAAAAAAAUUGAAAAAAUAUUAAAGUUCAAG